UGUAUUUUAGACAAAGUAAAUAUGACACCCAGACCGGUUUGGUUUCCGGUAGCAUAUUCGCUGGUGUUUAUCCAUAUCGUAACCACAGUUCCUCAAAACUAUCAAUAUUACCAGCACUGGAAUGUGCCCCAAGAAGGAAGACAUGUUAUUGGAAAAUCGACAAGUGAUAACCUGAUUCAAAAGGAUUUCUUCAUCCAUGAAAUACCGAUGGAAGUAUUCGAGGAUGAAAUUAAUGAUCAAAUAGUGCUCAUGACGGAAAGAAAACACAGACAGCACACAGAAAUGGAUAACUAUUUGCGAAAACUAAUCCAAGAGUUGAAUAAGCUAGGAUACGAGGCAACAUAUAAAACAUACCGUGAAUGAUAUAUUUUUUUCUUUAGUUCUGUACAGUUUGAGUGUUGAUAGCUAAAACUAUGGACAAAUAUAGUAAUCAUUUACAGUAGAACCCCGAUGAUCGGAUAGUGCAAAUUGCGGAAAAAUAGAUAUUUCAGCGUGGAAAUUAUGUUUUAUCAAUACUGAAAUCAU